UCUCUAAUCGGCCGAAAGAUUACGUAAAUCGUUAUGAUCUCUCAUAACAAAGACCGUAUGAAAAAUAAUAAUAAUCUGCAUUCUCAAUACAUAACGCACAUGAGGAACGACUGUGCUGCUGAUUUUAGUCGCAUUUGAUAAUCACGAGAGUUGCACUGCAUUGCCCUAGCAAUGGAUAUUAUAAUUUUUUGUAUAGUUAUAUUGUCCAUUUGCAGUUAUUGUUUGUGCGAUGGGACUUUUCUGUACUUCGCAUACGGAAGUAACCUGUUGUAUAAACGAAUAGUUUUAUACAAUCCCUCUGCUGUUUAUGUUGGUAUAGCUGAAUUACAGGAUUACAGGCUGGACUUCAAUAUGUUUAUGAAUUACUGGAACGGGUCUGUUGCCACAAUAGUUCCACAUCCAGGAAGAAAAGUGUGGGGAGCCCUGUGGAAUAUCGACAUCAAUGACAUGGAGAGGCUUGAUAAGCAGGAAGGAGUACCAGAGGGCUGGUAUUAUCCUCUCAACGUAAAAGUCAUUACGUCGGGAGGAAAAACAGUGGUAGCUCACACGUAUCAAAUGACUAACGUUCCACAAAAUGAGGACAAAAUCCUGCCGAGUGAGAGAAGGCCCUCCAACACCUAUCUACAGGUGAUCACUCUUGGUGCGGUGGAAAGCAAACUUCCGUCAGACUAUGUUGGAUCGCUUUUUACCUUUGUAUCUAACGGCAAUUUUGCAAAUAAGGCAAUAAGAGAAUAUCUUGGCUAUCCGUUUUGAAUUAAUAAAUUAUAUAGGUAAUUAA